AGAUCAGUCGUUUUUUUGUACAGGCCGCGGAUAGCGAAGGUCAUUUUACGCCGUCCUCUGAAAUUCAUUGUGCGCUGGAAUUACAGUUAGACACAUGUCAGCGAUGGACGCCUUCGAUCAGAAUCCAUCGGAGAAGGCGGAGACUUCUGAACUUAAACGCAUGAUUGCCGUUGAGCAGCAGAAAGCGCAGUUCCAGGCCCAGGUGCAUCAUUUCACUGAUGUCUGCUGGGACAAAUGUGUAGAUAGUCCAGGCUCUAAGCUUGACUACCGGACAGAGACAUGCUUGGUGAACUGCGUUGAGCGCUUCAUUGACACCACCUUGGCAAUCACCAACCGCUUCACGCAGAUAGUUCAGAAGGGUGCUCACUAGUGAUGGACUGCUGGUACCAUUAAAGGUUUUGUAUUACCUCAGAAGUGUCUAUUGUAAAGACGCACAAGAAUAUGGACUUGACUUGAGAUGUGAUCAGAGUUCUUUGUUAUCAUGGCUUGUUUAAUGGAAGACGAUAGAAAUUGGAUCUUUUAUGCUCGUUUAUUCUGUUUUGUUUUUUUUCAGCCAACCUUUGUCUACUGUCACAAAUCCUUGUUCUUUAAAUGACCGUUUUCCCUUUUGUGACGAGUCCUCUGGGCCAGACCAGUGUCAUUAAAGGAUUUCAUUGAUCUGCAAAAUGUUUUACCACAUCAGUCCCCCAUAGGCUGUCUGCCAAUGUGAAGAUUAAACAACAU